UCUGAACGAGGGUACCACCAAGCAUUGUGUAUUUCACGUCAACGUCUCCUGCAAACACAGCCAUGUCUCUGUCACUGAGAAGUGGAUCAUUAAUCGUCGCUAUAGAGACUUCCACGACCUCCACCUCUCACUCAGGGCACAGAUUGAUAACUUCCCUGCUAAUCUCGUGCUACCCACUCUUCCCUCGUUCCACAAAUUGGACCCCCAGCGGUUGGACGUGAGACGAAUUCAGCUGGAGGGCUACCUCAAAACUAUCACCUCAGAGGAAUUCCUAUCAGAUCACCUCCACGUGUUGGGUCAGGUCAUCUUGUUCCUGCCAGAAGGAGAGUACAAACGACAGAGCACCGAGCUAAAGAGAAUGGCAAACACUCUCCUCCCUCUAAAACGUGUGGCCACGUUGACCCGAGGUGCACUCAAGUCCUCUGGUCAGUCGAGUUCCAAGAUGUCUCCAGUGACAGUCAAGAAGCAGCCAUCAUCAGAGACACCCAAACCACCAGGAGAAGAGAGUUUUGGAGCCUCCAAACCUGCUGCCAAGAAGCACUUUGAAUUCCUGUACCAAGACAAGACAGGCAAUUCAUGGGGCACCAGUAAAGAGAGCUUUGUUAAGAGGCCUAGCAAGUUCUACCCCCUGGAGAUAGACUAUGGUGGUGAUGAGGACACUGGGCAACAGCUUGGAAUUGCUCCUGGUUCAAAGUCCACACUGGCCCCUGAGAUACAAGAUCUCAUUCGAAUGAUAUUUGAUGUGGAGAGCAUGAAGAAAGCUAUGCUCGAGUUUGAGAUUGAUAUAAAGAAGAUGCCUUUGGGCAAGUUGUCACGGCGACAGAUAGAGAGUGCAUAUUCUGUCCUUUCUGAGCUACAACGAGAGAUUGUUGGGACUCAGAAUCCGAGCAAAAUCCUCGACUAUACUAACAAAUUCUACACUCUAGUACCACAUGACUUUGGCAUGACGAAACCACCCCCACUGAACUCAGAGGAGGUUAUAAAGAUAAAGACACAAAUGUUGGAUAAUCUAUUGGAGAUUGAGGUGGCCUACUCGCUACUGAAACAGGAGGAUGGUGUGAGUGGAGGGAAGGAUCCAUUGGACCUGCAUUAUGAGCAGCUCAAGACCAAGAUGGAUGUACUGCCCAAGGGCUCUGAUGAGUUCUCAAUGCUGCAGGAGUACGUGUCCAACACUCAUGCGGUCACCCACUCUCAGUACUCACUGGAGGUGCUGGAGGUGUUCAAAGUGGACAGAGAAGGGGAGGAGAAGAAAUACAAACCAUUCUCAAAGCUCCACAACAGACAGCUGCUCUGGCACGGCUCCAGGAAGACCAACUUUGUGGGAAUACUAUCUCAGGGUCUUCGAAUAGCUCCACCAGAGGCGCCUGUGACUGGCUACAUGUUUGGGAAGGGGGUGUACUUUGCAGACAUGGUCUCCAAGAGUGCCAAUUACUGUAGCACCUCUCGCUCUGACAACGAGGGACUCAUGCUCCUCUGUGAGGUUGCCCUCGGAGACAUGUAUGAGCUGACCCACUCCAAGUAUGUAGACAAGCUGCCAGCUGGUAAGCACAGUACCAAGGGUCUGGGUCGGACCGCCCCCACUACUGACGGCCACAAGACCACUGAGGAGGGUGUGGUCAUCCCCAUGGGCAAGGGCUCCUCCACAGCCGUCGACAAUACCUCACUACUCUAUAAUGAGUAUCCUAAUCAUUGUUCAUUGUAUGAUGUGAGUCAGAUAAGAAUCACGAGCCUGCUCAAAAUGAACUUCAAGUACAAGUGAUAGCUAGAGAACUGUUGGACUUGUGUUACAUUUAGUUUGUGUUUUUGUUGUGUUCUGUGUUCCCUUGAGGUCACUUUAUAUAUUUGAUACCGUAUAGCGUGAAUUUUUCGCUUUUCUCAUCCUACGAAAUACACGAUUUUUCUUUAAUUAGAAUUGCUAUGUGCUACAACGUGCAAGGAUUAUAUUAAAGGCAUUGUUUCUGGUAA